UGUAAUUGUAGUCGUAAAUUAAUGUAACACUUAUCUAAAUUUAUUCUUCCAGACCUUAUUUUAUACUAGUAGCCUGUAGGCAUAGUAGCUAGUGUGAAUUUUUUAAACUUUAAACUUUUUUCCCUCUUUUAUAAAAAUAAAAAAUAAGGUGAACAAAACGGACCUAAGUCUAUUCGGACACGAUAAAAUAGUCAUGUCAGCCCAUCCAAAGCCCUAUGUUUUUAACCUCCUCAUCCACUUUAGAACAAAACCCUAGAUAUAUAAACCUUCAUUUUCCCUUUCCCAAAUCCCAAAUAUUACUGUUCGAGUGAUUCCUCUAUCCAAAAUUCAAAAACCCCAACUUCCCAGAAAUAUUCACCCUGAAAAAUGUCGGAUCUUUUUGAUUCGGGUAUAUUCCCAGAUCAAAUAAUCUCUGAAAUUCUGACCCGUUUACCCGCCAAAUCCAUCUGCCGUUUCAAAUCCGUUUCGAAAGGCUGGUAUUCGAUGAUCUGCAACCCACAUUUCAUGUCCUCCUACAUUUCCAAGUCUUCUCUUUCAUGGGCAAUCUUCGACCGAUUCAUCCCAUUUAACCCCAAGUUAGCUGCUUCUGAAUUCACCCUUCAAUGGCAGAAACCCCCAAAUGUGAGUAUUUUCUCUGUUAAUCCUCAUAAAAUAGUUGAUAAAUCAACUGAGAUUGUUAUCGAGGGUGAUGAAUUUCCUGCAACUUUGUUAGCUUCUAGUAAUGGGUUUAUCCUAUUUUCUAUCAAGAUUGAGAGGGACCCAUUUAAGGAGAAAACUGCAACUUAUUUCUCUUGGAUUAGUGAAGAAGACAGUUUGUUUGUGGUUAGUCCGAUUACUCGUGAAUGGGUUUCGAUUCCGAAACCGCCUCAUUUCAUAAACAAUCAGUCUUCUGUUGGGUUUAUUACACAGGUUAAUUUAUCUGGGGUUUUAGAGAGGUUUAUAAUUGCUGAGUAUCAGCCGAUUAUUGGGUCUAAGACUGCUAGUAUAAUGUGUUUUUCGUCUGAAACUUGUAAAUGGGAACAAAUUUCUGCUAAUUAUAUGCUUGUUAUGCAUAUGUGGAGUGGUGAUGGAACAGUUGAAUUUGAUGGGCAUUUAGUUUGGGUUGAUCCGAGACUUGGGAUCAUAGUUUGGGAUGAACCAUUCAGUGGACAGAACGAGGUGCAUUGUCGAUUUAUCGCCUUUCCUAGAGAGUCUAGAGGUUCAGAGGGUGAUGACCGGUUAGUCGAUGUUGGUGGUGGGCAUAUUCAAUUUAUAGAGUUAUCAAAGAAGAAAAAGAAAGAGCUUAGUUUGUGGAGGUUACAGGAUUAUGAAGGUGGAGAAUGGAGUUUGGUGCAUAAGCUCUCUUUAAAGGAUGUUUGGUCAGAUGAGAGUUAUUUGGCUUAUGGACUUGAAAAAGUAGUGCCAAACCCCUAUCUCGGCUAUCUGAUGCACCCUUUUGAGGCUGAUAUUGCUUACUUCAUGGUGGGAGAUCGUCUUUUUUCCUUGAAUUUUGGUACCAAGAAGGUGGAGAGUUGUAGUAGUGGUUACUCUGGCUUGAGUAAAUACAUCUAUUUCAUCAUAGUUAAGCUGCCGAGUUUUCCAUUAUCGUUUUCUCCGAGCUUGAAGGCUACUUUUCUGAAAGAGCAGGGCAAUAAAUAUUUUAAGGCCAAGAACUUCAAUGAAGCGAUAAAUUAUUAUACAAGAAGCAUUGCUCUGGCAGAUAACGUCCUUGCCUAUGCAAAUAGGGGUAUGGCUAAUAUCAAGGUUCAUAGAUACCAUGAGGCAGAAGCUGAUUGUACUGAGGCCUUGAAGCUAGAUGGCGAGUACUUCAAAGCAUAUGGACGGCGAGCAGUAGCCAGAAAAGAACUUGGUGAUCUUACAGGUUAUGUCGAAGAUUUGGAAUUUGCCUUGAAGUUGAAGCCUAAUGACCAAGAAAUGAAGAAGCUGUAUGCUGAAGUGAAGACGUUGAUUGACAAGGUCAAAACAACCGCAACUGCACCUGUGCCAACAGAUCCACCUGCUCAGAAUGAUUCAUCUACCGCGCAGGAAAAUGGCUCGGAAAGUGUAUUUGUUCAUGAAGGUUCGACAGAGGAUGUGUAAGGAUGGCACUGUAUUGGCACAGAUGUAAUUUGUAAUCGAAGUUGUUGAACGUGUUGGGGCCUUUGUUGUCUCCUGUAAGACAUUCCAUGAAACUAAACCUGAAGAAGAUAAACAAGUACGUAUUUCUAGAUAUUAAAUGUUGUGUAAAGAGUAAACUGUGAAGGUUGACAAUGUUUUGAGGGUGCGGUGAAACAACUUGACAGAAAAUAUCCUGUGCUAAAUCUGUACAUGAAUGCCUUUUACUUUACUAUAUUUCAUACAGGAACUA